CUAUUGGAUCAAUGCUUUUUGUGUGCAAUUUAAUUUAGAAAACAGAAAAAAGUGAAUACGGAUAGAUCGAAAUAGACGACUAAUAUUAGUAGUGCAUAUAAUUAUGGACAUUCGCUCGUUCUGAUAAUUGAAUAAACGAAAGUGGUGUUCGAAUUGCAGUAUGAAAAACAAAAUGGCGUCGAUAAAUGAACGUGGUUUUAGGUGGAUUAGAAGCAUUUCUUACGAGCUGUUAUGUAACGAAAUCUGUUCUUGAGUUAUCAAGAAAUUAUAGAAUGAGUCAAAAUGUUGUAUGCUAACGGUUUAUAACAUAUUUAUAUUCGUCACAACAUUCGAUUUUGUAACGGGGAUAAUAGAUGUAUUGAGAAGACUUCAUUGGAUCAUAAUUUGUACGAUCAACUUUAGAAGUGGAUUGAUUUUAGAGAACAUAAAUGGCUGAAGCAGAAGAUAAAAGCUCUUCAUACGAGAAAGUAUGGGAUCGUGUAAAAGUAUAUAUACCGUUUUUGCAAGAGUUAAUUACCGAAUACAAAAAUGAUACGCAGCAAAAUCGGCAGCAACAGCUGCAAAAGAUAACAACGAUGUAUGAUCUUUUGACAAACCAAAGGUUAAAUCAUGGGUCGCUGUUAAAAUGUGAAACAGUACUUAUAAAACUCUACGAAACGAAUUCAUCCAAAAAGAAAAUUUCAGGGAAACCAAUUCCGGAAACUACACCGCGAUCGCCCGAGGAGAUUACUACUCCGCGGUCACCCGCGGAAAUUACUUCUCCCCGAUCGCCCGCGGAAGUUACUUCUACGCGGUCGCCCGCAGAAUUUACUACUCCGCGGUCACUCGUAGCUGUCGUCGAAAGUGAUACUCCGGCGUCACCCUGUGCUCUAGAUGAUCCCGUUGAACCCUCAUCUGUUGAAGAAACUCCGCAAUCUUUGUCUGAGAACACGAUUGAACCAAACAGUUCAACAAAUAACGGGAGUACAAACUCUUGUGGAGUCACGAAAAAGUCUGCAUUAUCUGAGAACACAAUUGAACCAAAUAGUUCAAAAAAUAACGAGAGCUCUUAUGGAGUCAUGAAUAAGCCUCCACUAUCGCUGGAAGAAGUCACACGACUGAUAAGCGAUAAACCGCAAACAAACGUGAUUCGUUCGGAUGACGAAAAAAAACUGUCCAAGAGCAUGAACGAUGCGUUGAAGAUAUUAGCGAAGGAUUUUCAAAAGUCAGCCUCCGAACAGGCACGGACAUCUCGCUACAAUGAUUCUCAGAACAGUGCACCAUACAGCAGAACGCCACAUUCCCCACCGUAUAGUGGGGGUGGACCUGCUCCGAUGGAUUCCUCCCGUCCGUCUACCUAUAUGCGUAGCGUUUGGGAAUCAGAAAACGUUUCCCACGGAGAUUUUCCGCAUUCUGUAAACAAUUCAUUCCGUAACGUAACUGUACAAAACUACAGACAACCUGAAACAACAUUUCGACCUAAAUCACCUCCUUUGUACAGACGUCGCGACGAUCUCCCUAUACCGGAUCGACGUCGGGAAGAUUUUCCCACGGAAGAUCGACGCCUUACGAAUGACCGAAUGGAUAUAUCCCCGUUGUAUUCUCCACCAUCUGAGGGUUUGUCACCAUCUAAUUCUUCAAAAAUUAAAGAUCCACGUCUCAGAAGGGCGGUGAAUACUCCUUUUGGGGUACAUUCUCCCGUAGAGCAGUUUGGAUAUGAUCAGAUACAACCACACUUCCCAACGGUAAAAAAUAAUGAUCCACGACUCAAUCGUAGCAGCUAUAAUUCAGCCCCUCCAAUACCUGCUCCGAAUCAGUUACCGAAGUGUAUAGCUCCGAAUCCAGACCUCCCAUUAGAUCAUGGCAAAAAAGAACCACCAAAGCGCCGCCCAAGUAUUUGUGUCAAACAGGUUAUAAUAGAAGAGUUACCAUUGGAGCCAGUUCUGCCCUCUGCAUCAUUCCCCAACAGGCGACCAAGCGUUUGCGCUGAUUCUGUUCCAUUUCACGGAAUGAAUUUUAUGCCCCCUAUCAAUUCACACCAACCGAUUUCGCCAUUGCUUCCACCACCGAACGUGAUACCGCCAUUACUUCCACCGUCAAACGCGAUUCCGUCAUUUCUUUCACUACCAAGUGCGAUUCCGCCAAUGUUCCCACCACCAAAUGCAAUUCCAAUAAUAUCUCCCCAUUCUAUCGAAGCACCUUCGGUAGCUGAACGAGACCCACGGAGGAAGCACCUACCACCUGGUGCGGAAUAUAUUAAAAAUCCACACACGAAAUAUAAUCGUUCGAUGGCUGGACCAAGUAAGGCACCACUCACAUAUCUGGAAUACCGUCGGCAGAAAGAAAUGCGCGAAAAACAAGCAAUGAUAGGUCGACAGCAGAUGAAUGAUACGGAAAACUUUGGCGAAAGGGUAGGGAAUAAAACGGACGAAGAAAUCGAUGUUACCAUAGGAAUGGUCCCAAAUAAAAGUCGCGUAGCUGCCAAGGCAUACGCUAAACCAGUAAAGGGCUCAACGUGGAAGGAACGGUCUCCAUAUCACCCGAAGGAUGCAAAACAAUCAUCCAUGAAGCCACAUGGAAAACACCACAAAAACUAUUCAACGAAUAAAUAUGAUAAAAAACAAAACUCAUCAUCGGAGAGGGAAAAAUCGACAUCGAAAGCUAAAGAUUCGUUUGGCGAGCAACUGUCACAGUUCGAUAAAAUGUAUCGUAGUGGUGAUUUUUCCAAGAAACCUGUGUCUGGUGGCAUGGGUGUGUUCAAAAUUCCUAAAAUAAAACGUAUCGAAACUUCUGUAUCCAAGGAAAUUUCGAGCGAAUGGACCGACGAAAGUGAAAAGUCUGUAUCCGAGCAAGCCAACGAGAAGGCACAAUGCAAAUCUUUAGAGCCUUUGAACAGUAAUGAUGAUGAUAUGUGGGAUGUUGAAGAUUCCAAUAAGAUUUCCGUCCCUACCGAGAGCGAGAAGAAGGUGGUACCAAGCGAGGCGCCAGCUAAGAAAGCCCCGCAAAGUCUGAAGUCUCUAGAUGACGAUGACCUUUGGGAUACUGAAUCCAACUUGGAAAAUAAUCAAACGCAUUCUUCUGGUAACGAAAUCGAUCCACCAGUUGAGGAAAAAGAUGAGUUUGUGGUUCCCAAACUGCCUGUUUCUCGCAAAACGUUGCGCAGAAGAAACUCAGUUGUCUCCAAUGAACGGAACGAUGAGCCAACCAGUGUUCCAGCUUCAAUGACAGCGAUAAGCCGUAGAAUGACGCGUCGAAAUUCUAUCGCCAUCUCCGGAGAACAGGCCGAAAAUAACGGGAUAAAUGAGAGUCUCGGCAAAAAACCGAUCAAUAGUGAUAAUGAGGAGACCUCAUAUGAAGCAGAUGAAGAUGCUAUAGUGCCACGUCGUAAGAAGAGAAAGGCUAUAAUAGAUGACGAUGAUGGGGAUGAUCCAGAACCUACACCUUCUAGUUCCGCCAACCAUCUGUCAUUGGUAGCACAGGAAAGUGGCGACGACGUUGUUUCGAGUACUACUAACGAAGCGAAAACGUGCAGACCAUCUAAGAAACGUACGCGAAAAGGCAAAACGAGUACGAACCUGGCCAGUGAAAGUGACGACCAGGUUGAGAAUGACGGCGCCUCGGUGGAAACCAUUUCAACUGCUGCUGAAGUUAGUGAUUCAACGGCUGCGUCUACCGUUCAAGUUGCCGAUGAAAGCAAAUCAACUGGCGAAGCAGAAGAAUCUGUAAAAAUUGAAACAGAGGAAGACGUUUCUAAAGAUUCGAAUAAUAAAGCUCAGCUUUUGGCUAUACUAAGCCAAAUUUGCGGCGAGAAAAAAAUGAAGAAAAUUCAGGAGAUUAUAGAGAGUUCAGGUGACAAAGCGUUAACGAACGAAGAUACGACAGAUAAAGAUUCAAGUGCUGAGCACGUUGCAAGUAGCAGUGAAGGUUCGACAUCUACGUCUAUCACAUCAUCUAAUGAAUCUUCCAAAAAGGAAAAAGCAAACGUGAAGCGAAAAACCAAAUCUGAACUGGAUAAAUUAAACGCAGAUAUCGCUGAAAUGUACAUCAGGGAUGGGGUAUUGAAUGCGACUGGUAGAAGGAGCUGUACGAAGAAGUACGAGCCGGUAUUCGAGCCAAACAUGAAUUCAACGCCGAAGGCAGCUGGUCGCACAAAAAGAGGCAGAAAGCCAGGAGUGAAAAAAAUAGUCAAAACAAAACUUCCGGAAGUACCUCUUGAACUGAAAAAUUUGAAGGUUGUGGUCGUUAAGAUGGACCUUGAAAAAAUUGAGACGGACCAUGGAAGGCAGAAUAUUCUUACAGAAAUCAAAAUGGUGGCAGAUAACGAAGAAUCGCCGAAAUCAAGGCAAUUGAAACGGAGCAGCCUCGACACAGCUGCCCUGCCUUCAAAGAAGAAAAAAAUAGACAUGUCCGGCAAACAGACUACAACAUGCGCUUCGAAAGUAUAUACACCCAAACCAGUGGCGAAAAACACCAAUCGGGAACUGCAUAGCAAAAGUGAUAAAUCAAAAGAUUGCGCCUUGUGUUCCUAUACUGGAACAUAUCCCUCUAUUGUGCAACAUUACGUACGUAAUCAUCCGCUACAUGAAGUGUACGUCAGUCGUAUUUCUAAUGCGAUGGCCAACAAAAUACGAAAAGAACCGAUGACUGUAACAGGAUUUAUGCACGAUCAAAAUAUUACAUUCCAGUGUAUUUUCUGUCAAGAACAGUUUAGCAAGAAAAAAUACAACUGGAAACUGCAUCUGGCCAGUCACACCGGCGAAUAUAGAUACAAGUGUAGUAACUGCACCAUCAAAUCGCUGACGCCCUGUACAAACUCACAUGACAGUGAAUGUGUUGGUCCUGCGAUGGAAGUGGCGAAUGAGCUACUGUUCGAAGAAAACCACAUAUUCGGUUACAUGUGUCGAGUGUGCAACUACGUCCAACUAUCUAAAGCCAAUAUGGAAAACCAUUUGCGCGAAGAACAUGAACGACAGAACACUACCAGAGGAAAUCUUCGCUUCAGCAUUUUGAAUUACGAGACUCGGGAAGAAUCUGAUCUAGUAGCAUCACAAGAGACGAUUGAUUCUGACGUUUCUAUGCCAGAGUUAAGCCCACAGGUACCGCAAAGCACAAGCGAUAUGUCUGCGUUCAUUCCGAGUGCAAACGAUGAGAUAGAGUCGCUGAAAGUGUUGAAUGAUCGGAAUUUUGCAUCUCCAACAAAACCAUCCAUCAUAGACAAGUUGAAGAAAAACUUCGACGAACUAAUGCAAAAGAACACAGCGGAGACCCAGCUCACGGUUGAAAAGACCAAACGAUCUGCUCCCUCCAAUGACAAUAUUCCCAUGCCAGUUCCUUUAGCGCUAAAAGAGGAAAAGAUAGACAUUUUCGAGGGAAAGAAAGUGGUUUCGAACAUAGGUUACAAUCAAAUUGGUGGUGAAACAUGGUACCUCUGUCUGGUCGGUGUCUGCAAACAUGCCACAAGAGAACGAUCUGAAAUGUAUUGUCACGUCGGAGAAUACCAUAGCGAUGCCGUUUGGGAUGGCUAUUGUUAUCUAUGUACAGCGAAUGUCACCGAUGAUGAGUCCAACUAUCUGGCGAAAGAAGUCAAGCACAUGGCUGUUGUCCACAUAAAGGACCAUACUGCAUUCGAAGAGAUGAUUGCUGUACCAUCCCAAGAUACUGCCUCUACAUCACUUGAAGAUCGACCUCUACUGAAACUGCGAAAACUACCGGGAGAUAAACUCUCUGCUGAAACGGUAAUCGAUGGAGAUGUCGGAGAUCCCAUUAACCUGAAAGUUUGGUUAGAUGCUGCGACUAGAAAAUGUCAACCGCACUGUUUAAAUAUGCUGGAACUGAAAAGUUUAUUUUGCUUUUACAAAUGUAUGGGUGUGAGCUGUUGUUUCACCACAACUUUAGAAAACUUAAUGAGGAAACAUUUGGACAACCACGAUUUGGUGGGGGACAUGACCGGAACAGGCCCAACUAAGAGCUGGCUAGAGUGCGCUUACUGUGAGAUCAUAGCUGAGAGUACGGCAGAACUGAUAGCGCAUCUCAAAAGCGUUCACAGCGAUAGUGCACACCAAUGUGCCUAUUGCUUCUACCGAAGUCGGGAAGCGUACAACGUUUUACUUCAUCAGAAUAUUCACCACAAGAAGCUCAAACAACAAAUACUAGUGAUUGAGAGCGAGAAAAAGCCGUUAACUUCGGCGGAUCACGAGAUUUUGGAUCGUCGUCGAGUCGAGAACAUUUUGCCGUUGAUAUGCACAGCAUGCAAUGCCGAGUUUUAUGUUCUAGAUGCCUUUAUGUCCCACUUGAAAGACGAUCACACGGAUCUGAAUAUGAUAACUUGUCAGUGCUGUAAGGAAAAUGUUCCAAAACUUAAAGUUCCACGCCACUUGCUCGUCCACAAAAUUGGAAUAUACGAGUGUAUGUUCUGCCAAUAUGGCAGCAACACGAUGGAAGCAAUUCAGUUUCACGUCUGUAAUCGACAUCCAACGGAACCGAUGUAUUGUUGUGUGCGUUACAACAAAACGCCAGGAAAGAUAAAGGAAGCGUCGUUGAAGUCGUUAUACGAAGGAAUCAUAGAUAACAAUGUGUAUGUUUACUGUCCGUUCAAGAACGAGGAGCUCAAUUAUAAAUCUCCCGACACCAAAAGUAAUUUUGAAAUUAACUUUGCUGUCAAACCUGUGGUGAUUCCGCUCCAACUGCCACCGAUCAGAGUUGGUGAUGCGAAUAUUCUCUUGAGCGCACAAAUUCCUUCAGCAACAAAUUCGAAGCAACCUGAGCAUUCUACGGUUGUCGUCAAUGCGAAAUCUGCGGAGCUUAUCAAAAUGCCUACAAUAACGAACGUGUCGGGUGGCGUAAUAAUGCCCGGAUCAUCAUCAUCAUCAUCGGUUCCAAUUAUCACCGCUGUCCAGGGAAACUAUCAGCCACAAUCAAGCAACUCUCACUGUACUGCGACGGAUGGCAGCUUCCCGCCAGGAACCAGUAUGCCAGUUAUAACUAGAGUAGAAGGCGGUGUCGUUGGUAUGGCCACAAUAAAGCCAGCCCCGUCUUUGGGCGGUACGAAAAUCAUUAUUUCGCCCACUAAAUUCACCGGGGUUCCCAUUAUAACCAGCGUUUGCAGCGUCGGAAGUUCAAUGCAGAAGCAAACACAGGUGGAAGACGAUGCGUUGAUGCUAGAAGCUGAGCGUGUCGCAAUUGAAAUGAUCAAAGACACAGGAUUACCAAGGAGCAUAAUUUACAAAUGUGUCUUUAAAGGUUGUAAUUCAGUUAUGACAGAUGGUACACAUAUGCGCAAACAUCUUACUUUCACUCACCAGCCAUCCAAUCAGUACACAUGUGUACAUUGCAAGGGUAAACCGACUUUCCGUGACAUAUUGUUGCUUACACAGCAUCUUAAAACGCAUGAGACCCAACGAAUUUUCUGCUUUGUAUGCGAUUACAAAGGAUCGUUUCCCCCAGAAGUUAUAAAGCAUGUUAAAGAUGUUCACAAAACAGGCCAACCUACGAUACAUUUCUUGAACCCCAAGAAAAAUGACCCGAAUAACGACAUCAUAAUAUUUGCCCCAGGCCAACCGAAGGAAACUGAGAAAAAAGCAUUUUACAAAAAAUUGAUUGAUUUGUAUAAUCACAAAUUACAAGCGGCUUUGGUGCAACAGAAGACGCAUUUCACACCGGAGGAAUGCGAUAGCCUGCCCAAACAGGCUAUAUUUAGCCAGGUGGUGUUUUGCAGCAAAUGUCAGUACAAUACAAAGGUUCGUUUGAAUAUGUUCAGACACUUGAAGGGCCAUCUUAAUGAUCUGCCAGUUUCGAAUGUGGAUCCAAAAAAUCCAGUUCCGUGCUGGGGUCAGGGCGAAAAACACUUUGAUCGAAUGAGGAAUCCGGCCGCCAGUUCACAGGAGGAUGACGAUCUCAUCCAAUCGUUGUGCUUUGUGAAGGAAAAUAAACGUUACAUAUGUGGAGCUCCCGAUUGUCGAUAUCUCACGAUUAACGAAACAAUGCUACGGAGCCAUCUCACGACUCUACACGUCGAUGUUAAGGAAUACAAAUGCCCUCACUGUCCCGCUGUUCAUGUGUCACCCGGUCAAAUGGAAGUAACAACGGUCCUCGAGCAUUUGAAGCUGCACGACAAAGAAUUGUACAGAUGCAGCAAAUGUAGCUUGUUCCUCAACAACAAGGCUGAAAUCGAGCAACACGUUAGCGAGAAGCAUUCAACGACACCAAAUGCAUCGAUUUUUGUCAUACGAGACGGUAGCACUGCUGGCAGUGUUGCAAGUAUCACAACAGAAGAUGAGGUGAUAUUCAAAUGGAAAUGUGACGUUUGCAAGUUUAAGAGCGUCUCCGUGGGAGAUAUGCGAUCGCAUAUGCUAGAGACGCACAACAUUACUGCCAAGUACCGCUGUUCCAGGUGUCUGUACAGUUGCUCCAAUAAGUCUUUGUUCCCCGCCCACUUCGAAAAACAGCAUCCGGGCUGUGAUAUUUUGGUGUUGUCUAUGUAUAAGGCGAUAGAAGAAGGGGAUGAUAGUCGGGCAGAUACGACACCACUUUGGCGUAGAGAAACGAAUAAAACCAGAAGUAUUCGAGGAAUAGAAGUAGAAGAGGAUGACGACGAGAGCAAAGAUGAUGAGUCAGAACAACACCUCGAUACCUAUCAACCCGAAGUGUAUACGAUAACCCUGGAUUCCCCUGAUGAUACGUGUACCAGUGAACCAGGAACUAGUGGCAACAAACGAAAAAUCCCAUCAGAAAGCGAUUCCGUAAAUCCGAUCAAACUAAGCAGACAGGAUGAUUCGGGAAUUAUAAAAGCCUUCAAAUGUGGCCAAAAAGGUUGCUCAUAUGAACAUGAUUUCGGCUCUGGUAUCGUAUCCCACUUCAAAGUGGAACAUCCAAACGAGAAGCCAUCUGUGUUGAGAAAUAUACUGGCUAAUCCUCAACAAUCACGUUUUGAUUAUUACAUGAAGUACGCUUGCUUCUAUUGUAUCAAGAAGACGGAUACCAUUAAAGAAUUACAUCAUCACUGGAGUCAGCUGCAUAGAAUGGCUGGACGACGCAGCCAGGAUAAACCCUUCCUAUUCCGUACCGCAAAGAUAAUCCUUUGCUUCUAUUGUCGGAAAGGCAUGACAGCGCCAGAAAUGAAAUCUCAUUUUACUUCGUGUCACGGUGGAAUGCCUGCAAUUUACCUAGAUUUUCGUAACCCUAAACGUUGUGCUGAAUGUGACUACGUGAUGGGCAACAACAAACAAGAUAUGAUAAAACAUUUCAGCACCGAACAUAGACAGGAGAAUGAGUACUCCAAAGGGUGGAUCGAUUAUUUAACUGAUGAUAUAAUUGAUAAAAUUCUGGGAUUGAAUUGUGUAACUUUUGGUUGUGAAAAGUGUGAUUUUACCACCCAAAACAAUUCCAAUUUCACCUCACACUACGCAUUGGAACAUCCCGGCGAAAUGGUGGAAUUCAACGAGUUCCCGAUCAACAAAAAGAUAGUCUACUACUGCUCGUAUAACAACUGUAAAGCUGAUUUCGACAAUGAGCGAGAUAUAGCGCAGCACAUCCUUCAGCACAUACCGGUUUUCAAGUGCAUGUCUAAUGAAGGAUUAUGUACAACGCAAUUUCGUUCAUUCACAAUGCUGGUUCAACAUUGCCAGGCGACCCAUCCGCAUCAAGAUUUACAUUACGCAUUGAAAACCCCGGAUGAAUAUAAAAAUGUGUUACGAUUGGUAUCUAUUCAGUUUUGGAAUGGCUUUGUAAUGUCGCUUGAGGACGCACGUCAAGCAGGUAACCGAUACGGUAGCUACGCUGGAUUCUUCAAACAUGUUGACGAUCUAUGUGCAGAAUCGGUAGCGGCAGGGACCGAAAUUUUAUAAGUAAUUUUUCUUCGAAGUUAGUGAUAUCUUAAAUUACUUCUAGAGCAUGGUCAUGUUCACGUAGGAAACUGUAAAUAUACUUAUAUUGCUAUCAAAAAUAA